ACCACACAAGAUAUAUGACGGAGAAGAUGACUACUCAAAGUCUCAAGUACGAGGCGCCAUUGUAGAAAUCGUAUCUUCCCAGAAGAAAGACGGUCGGCAUUAGAUCUUGGAUCUUUUCCCCUAGCCAUUCAUCUACCACCCAAUUCUGUCAUGUUCCAGGUUGCAGUAAAAGCCACACCUGGUGAGGGAGGAAAAGUAACAGGAUCCAUCAAGGCAAUUUGCGUGGAAUGUUUCACCACCGGCAAUGCAAUCGUUACGACUACCGGAGUGGAAACGGAUGAUUCCAUCUUAGGAGACUUUCUACAUUUUCUGAAAACCCCCACGGAAAUCAUCGUCGACGCACUCGAUCUGAACCUAAGACUCGGUUUUCUAGGGGUCACUGGACAUUUCGAGAUAGAUAUUUCGUUCGCCGUGGCAGGAACUUACACCGUUCCUAUAUUCACAUCAGAAAGUCUUCUCGGUAUUCAGCUUAAUGACAAAGACUCUAUUGGAUUGAUAUUUGAGAUUGAAUUGGUGUUUACAGUCACUGCGCCGGUGGACGUUAUUACUGGGUUUGAAGCAGAAUUUCCAGAUGAUACUUUCAUCAUCCUGAACUCACUGAGUGGAGAGCUUGUAGAGGAGAACCUGAAAGGAAUCAAAGCGAAAUCCAUGCCGGCAAAAUUCAAGUCCGGAGCUGGAUGCUUCAGUGUAGCUCUCAGAUUCAAACUAAAGGCGGGUACCUCUGUAGAAGUCUUCAAAUUCGGGUUCAAAUUCGAGGCAGGCGCAUACAUAGACGCUCCUCUAUACAAGGCUUGCAUUACUUACCAGUCAGACCAACCAUGCACCCUUAAUUUUACCGAGAAUUUCAUAAUCGAUGUUGCUGUCUAUGCCGAAGCAGCAAAGACAAUCGACUUUUUAACAUGGGCAGCUGGGCCUAUCUUGGUAUCAACUCUGUACGUUGCGCCGUUGCCUUCAACGUGCUUUGUCAGUACCACUUCAUUAAUUCAGAAUGGUCUUGCAUCUUCGACAACAAGCAAUCCUAUUACUCCAACACCAGAACUUGAGACAACGUUGAGUAAGAGUACAUACGAGAUCCCUUCCACGACUAUCCCAUCAUCCUUAACCAAUUCUACAACAUCUUCUUCCUCUGCUGAAGAGUCGAGAAGCAGAACAGUACCUUUCCCCACAAAUUCGAGCAAUUCUACAAUUACAAGGGGGAGUUUAUAUGGUUCCGAUGUCUCGGCCGAAGCGACAGGUACACACAGCGGAGCGAGCUCAGGAACUUCAAUGGUACUAUUUCCAAAUUCAACCAGUGGCUCCAUCUCGCAUACCCGCCCCGCUCAAACAUAUGGCAAUAAGACCGAACCAUCUCCUGUCGCUGCGAUCAAGAUAUCCAGUUCCUCUGAUUCUACUAUCACAAGUGGGGCGCCAUUCCCGAUAGCUACUGCCGACCAUACCAUCAUCGUAUCCAUCGAGAGCAAGGAGCAUGAUGAUUCCACAUCUAUUUCAGAUGAUCUUCCAACCAUCACUGUUAAUUCUACAAGUACUUACACCAUCUACAGCUGUGCAAAGGAGGCCAUCUGGUGUCCAUCAACCCUGCUUUUUCCACUGAUCAACCAUCUCCCACCUCUAACUCUCUCUUUCAUUUUGCUCCACUCCCCCGCCAUUGAUCCCUCCCAGUUCACCAGCUCACGUUCCGCUCUGAGCACUAGUACCCCAACCAUCAGCAUCACCGACGAAGUAACAUUCAUCGCUUGCCCCACCCCUAUUAUCGAACGAAUCGAAACCACCAUCAUCUAUUCGACAAUCGGUAUCUCCAUCGCCGCAUAUUCGCCUACCAUCCCCCAAAUCAUCAGCGGUAGCACCUGGUAUGUACCCGGACAAAGCCUAUGGAAUUCACCAGGUCCUGCUACAUCGACUGCCACAACUGGAGAACCCGGAGGACCAGAAGGGUACCCUGGCGUAGCUAAUAACGCUCUUUCUAGAAGAACCGGAACUGCUACGAUUGAGGCAGAUCUGAGUCGUACUAAAAUCGGAGAACAAAUCCCGGGAAAGAUAACAGAGACAGGGGCGGCAACGGGUAGAAGAUGGACCACUAGUAGUACUAAGACGACCGUGUCAAGUAUCAGCAGAGGUGGUGGUGGAUAG